AUGUAUCUGUUUGAUUAUAGUGAUGACGAUGAUAUGUUCAUCUUUAUGAUGUGUGCAACAUUAAACAAUGAUCGGGAAGAAGCGCACAUACGUCUAGUUCACGAUUAUUUUGCGGAUGAUUGUGUCUACCAGUCACGCGAUUUUAAAAGAAGGUUUCGUUUGCGGAAAAAUGUUUUUGUUCGGAUAGCCAACGCGUUGGAAAACAAGUAUGAAUUUUUCCAAAUGAGAUAUGAUGCUAGAGGUAAACGAAGAAUCACAGGGUUGCAGAAAUAUGUUGUUGCAAUUAAGCUUAUGGCAAUGGGAGAAUCGUCUUAUUCGAUUGACGAUUAUAUGAGAAUGUCUGAGAGAAUUGCAAGAGCAAAAAAGGCACCGGAUGCUCCUUUCAUAGUGAAGGAAAAUGAAUAUAAGUUUGGGUAUUACCUUAUGGAUGGAAUAUAUCCAGCAUAUUCCACAUUCGUAAAGGCGUUUCGACUCCCUGUAACACCAAGAGACAAAAUUUUCAAGAAAAAACAAGAAGGAAGACGUAAGGAUGUGGAACGUGCCUUUGGAGUUCCGAAGUCAAAAUAA